GUUCAUCUACCGUCAUCGGAGGGCGAAGGAGGACCUCGGAGGAGCCGGCCCCCGCUGCGCGUCCAGCGGCCGCUUGGACGACGCUGUCCGGGCCGGCGACCAUCGCGUCUCGGCGCGCCGGCCGGCCUCGGUCGCCGCUAUCUUCCUGCGGUUUCCGCUCGCGGAGCGUACCAAGCUGCCGGAGUUGGGCCGCGGGCGGCGCAGGAGACCGCAUUUGCGCCGGCCCGGAGGGAGGUCGCCGGAGGCGCCGAGGGCCGCGGCCUCCCUGCACGUCCCGGGGUAUGCGGGGCCCGGCGACGCGCGGAGCCGAGGCCACCCGGACCUGCCGCGGCUGAGCAGCGCGGGCGUCCCUCAAGAUGCUGCAGAACGUGACGCCCCACAAGCUCCCUGGGGAGGGGAAUGCAGGGUUACUGGGACUGGGCCCAGAGGCAGCAGCGCCGGGGAAGAGGAUUCGGAAACCUUCUCUGUUGUACGAGGGAUUUGAGAGCCCCACAAUGGCUUCUGUACCAGCUUUGCAACUGACCCCUGCCAACCCUCCACCCCCUGAGGUGUCCAAUCCCAAAAAGCCAGGACGGGUCACCAACCAGCUGCAGUACUUGCACAAGGUCGUGAUGAAAGCCUUGUGGAAACAUCAGUUUGCAUGGCCAUUCCGGCAGCCUGUAGAUGCUGUGAAACUGGGUCUGCCGGAUUAUCACAAAAUCAUAAAACAGCCUAUGGACAUGGGCACCAUCAAAAGGAGACUUGAAAACAGUUACUACUGGGCGGCCUCAGAAUGUAUGCAGGAUUUCAAUACAAUGUUCACCAACUGUUACAUUUAUAACAAGCCCACUGAUGACAUUGUUCUAAUGGCACAAACACUGGAAAAGAUCUUCCUACAGAAAGUGGCAUCAAUGCCCCAAGAAGAGCAGGAGCUUGUGGUGACCAUCCCUAAGAACAGCCAUAAGAAGGGGGCCAAGUUGGCAGCACUCCAGGGCAACAUCACCAGUGCCCAUCAGGUGCCUGCCGUUUCUUCUGUGUCACACACAGCCCUGUACACGCCACCUCCUGAGAUACCUACCACUGUCCUCAACAUUCCUCAUCCAUCCGUCAUCUCUUCUCCCCUUCUUAAAUCCCUGCAUUCUGCUGGACCCCCACUUCUUGCUGUCUCAGCAGCUCCUCCAGUUCAGCCCCUUGCCAAGAAAAAAGGUGUCAAGCGGAAAGCAGAUACUACUACUCCUACACCUACAGCCAUCCUAGCCCCUGGUUCCCCAGCUAGCCCUCCUGGGAGUCUUGACCCAAAGGCAGCACGGCUUCCUCCUGUGCGUAGAGAGAGCGGCCGUCCCAUCAAGCCCCCACGGAAAGACUUGCCCGACUCUCAGCAACAGCACCAGAGCUCUAAGAAAGGAAAGCUGUCAGAACAGUUGAAACAUUGCAAUGGCAUUUUGAAGGAGUUACUCUCUAAGAAGCAUGCUGCCUAUGCCUGGCCUUUCUACAAACCCGUGGAUGCUUCUGCUCUGGGCCUUCAUGAUUACCAUGACAUCAUUAAACACCCCAUGGACCUCAGCACUGUCAAGCGAAAGAUGGAGAAUCGUGAUUACCGAGAUGCACAGGAGUUUGCUGCUGAUGUGCGGCUUAUGUUUUCCAACUGCUAUAAGUACAAUCCCCCAGACCACGAUGUUGUGGCCAUGGCCCGGAAGUUGCAGGAUGUGUUUGAGUUCCGUUAUGCCAAGAUGCCAGAUGAGCCACUGGAACCAGGGCCUUUGCCAGUUUCUACUGCCUUGCCCCCUGGGCUGGCCAAGUCAUCUUCAGAAUCCUCCAGUGAGGAAAGUAGCAGUGAGAGCUCCUCUGAGGAAGAGGAGGAUGACGAGGAAGAUGAGGAGGAAGAGAGUGAGAGCUCAGAUUCUGAGGAAGAGCGAGCUCAUCGCCUGGCAGAACUACAAGAACAGCUGCGGGCAGUACAUGAACAGCUGGCUGCUCUGUCCCAGGGCCCGAUAUCUAAGCCCAAGCGGAAGAGAGACAAAAAGGAGAAAAAGAAGAAGCGGAAAGCAGAGAAACACCGGGGCCGAGUUGGGAUGGAUGAGGAUGACAAGGGGCCUCGGGCACCUCGUCCACCUCAGUCCAAGAAAUCAAAGAAAGCUAGUGGCGGUGCGGCUGGCGGUGCUGCUGCGCUGGGCCCUCCUGGUUUUGGACCUCCUGGAGGAAGUAACAGCAAGCUGCCCAAAAAGGCCUCAAAGGCAGCCCCACCUGUCCUGCCUGCUGGUUUUGAUUCUGAGGAAGAAGAAGAGAGCAGGCCCAUGAGUUACGAUGAGAAGAGGCAGCUGAGCCUGGACAUCAAUAAACUGCCUGGGGAGAAGCUAGGUCGAGUGGUGCAUAUCAUCCAAGCCCGCGAGCCCUCACUCCGUGACUCAAAUCCAGAAGAAAUUGAGAUUGAUUUUGAAACGCUCAAGCCGUCCACACUGAGAGAGCUAGAGCGCUACGUCCUAUCCUGCCUGCGAAAGAAACCUCGGAAACCCUACACUAUUAAGAAACCUGUGGGAAAGACAAAGGAGGAGCUAGCCUUGGAGAAGAAACGGGAACUAGAAAAGCGGCUACAAGACGUCAGUGGACAGCUUAAUUCCACCAAAAAGCCUCCUAAGAAAGCGAGUGAGAAAACAGAGUCGUCAUCCGCACAGCAAGUAGCAGUGUCACGACUCAGCGCUUCCAGCUCCAGCUCAGAUUCCAGCUCCUCCUCCUCCUCCUCAUCCUCUUCAGACACCAGUGACUCUGACUCGGGCUAAGGGGCCAGGCCAGAGGGGCAGGAAGGCUCCGCAGGACCGGACCCCCUGUACCCCCUGCCCCACCGCUUCCCCUUGCUGUGACACUUCUUCAUCUCACCCCCUCCAUAGGAGAGCUGGCUCUGCAGGGGGGAGGAAGGAGGGACGUUUACUGAAGGAAGGACAUGGACAAAAUAAGAUUGAAUUCCCAUCCCUACUGGGAAUGACUUCUUGGGCACAGAGCCCCCAUUGAGGAUGAAGGGUUGGGGCAAGGGGACUGACUGGUGGGAGUGGGCACAAGGCUACCUGAGGCCCUAGCUGCCCUCUUCCCUUCCAAGGGCCUUGUUUUGAGGUUGUUCGUUUUAAUUUAUUUAAGCUAGGUAAGGCUGUAGGGUGGCACCGUGGUCCUCCCCUCAGCUUCUGUGGGGAGGGAAGAAGGGGAGCUCUUUUUUUACAUUGACCUUUUUUUUCUACACUUUCCUUCUUAUUCCUUCUGUUACAUUUGGGGAUUUCAGUCACCUCCCCAUUUGAUCCCUGGACUGUCUUUUCUUUGUCUCUUGAUUCUAACUUGUAAAUAAAGAAGAUACUAUUCAAGUUUUGA